AUGCACACCUGGGGCACAGCGUCAGCUCGGGGCCAGGGCUGGUGGGAGCUGCAUCUAGAGGGCGGCCUGAAGGUGCUUUCUGUGGCUCAGCUCCCCGCCUGCAACCGCUCCAGGGAUGUGUCGUCGGUGGAGGUGCUCAUGAACUACCACCAGGGCCUGAAGACCGAGCUGGAGGCACGGAUGCCCGAGCUGACCGCCUGCCAGGAGCUGGGGCGCUCUCUACUGCUUAAUAAGAGCGCCAUGGCUGAUGAGAUCCAGGCACAGCUGGGCAAGCUGGGAACCAGGAAGGAGGAGGUGUCGGACAAGUGGGACCGACAUUGGGAGUGGCUGCAACAGAUGCUGGAGGUGCACCAGUUUGCACAGGAGGCUGUGGCCGCAGACGCCUGGCUGACGGCCCAGGAGCCGCUCCUGCAGAGCCGGGAGCUGGGCAGCAGCGUGGACGAGGUGGAGCAGCUCAUCCGGAGACACGAGGCCUUCCGCAAAGCAGCCGCGGCCUGGGAAGAGCGCUUCAGCUCUCUGCGGCGCCUGACCACGGUCAGCACCCACAUCCCACACCCCUACCGCUGCCCCCACACCCACCAUCCCUCUGUGUGA